GCGGUGACCCUGUCCCCCGUGUCCCCAGGCCGAGGCCUGGCUGGAGGCCGAGUCGCGCCGCCGGGGCUGGGCGCGAGCCGCGGCCCCCGGGGCUGCCCGGGCCCGGGAGGGGCUCGUGGGGGUCCUGAGCGAGGGCUCGGCCGCCGUCAUGGUGGAGGUGAACUGCGAGACGGAUUUCGUGGCGCGGACCCCCGACUUCCAGCAGCUGGUGGAGAUGGCGGCCAGAGGGGUCCUGGGGCACUGCCAGGGGGCCUCGGGCACCAAGCUCCUGCUGCGAGAGGAUGAGCUGGCCCAGGUGCGGGCAGGGGACGGGGGGGAGCUGCUGAGCGACCACCUGGCACUGGCCAUGGGCCGCCUGGGCGAGCGGCUGUCCCUGCGCCGGGCCGGCUGGCUGCGUGCCCCCGGUGGCUUCGUGGCCACCUACGCCCACGGCUGGGUGCCCGCCGGGCCCGCCGUGGCCAUGGGCACCUACGGGGCGCUGGUGGCCUGCGGGGGGCCGGGCGCGGGGCCCCCCCCGGCCGAGCUGCGGGAGCUGGGGCGCAGAGUGGCUCAGCACGUGGUGGGCAUGGCCCCCACGGCCUUGGGGACCCCCGAGGACGAGCUGGGGGGGGACACGGAGACGCGGCUGCUGGCGCAGGGGACGCUGCUGGAGCCGGGCGUGCCCCUGGGGCGCUACCUGCGCGAGCGGGGGGGGCUCCAGGUGUGGGAUUUCCUGCGCUUCCAGUGCGGGGAGGAGCCCCCCCAGGAGCCCCCCCAGGAGGGCUCGGCCCCCCCGGGCUGAGGGACACGCGGGACCCCCCCUCUGUGGUCCCCUGGGGCAGCGAGAGCCUCGCGCGGGUUUGGGGGCGAGGCUGAAUAAAGGUGCACGAACACA